AACCCCUAAUUCGGAAGAUUUAGGGUUUGAUUCCCUCUCAAGACUAGGGUUUUUUCCUUUCACGCCCCUUCACAUCAGUCUCUAUCUCUAUCUAUAUAUAGCGUGCAAAUCCGUAUCGACGGACUGCCCCCACUAAACCCUAAUUACCCAAUCUCUCUCUUGGCGAAAGGCUUUUAUUUUUUACUUGUGUUGAUCCGAUGGCGCAGGAGGAGCAAUCGGCGGUGAGAUCCACCGGGAAGGUUCACUGGUUCAACGACGUAAAAGGGUAUGGCUUCAUCACUCCCGAUGACGGCGGCGAAGAGCUUUUCGUUCAUCAGUCCUCCAUCGUCUCCAACAGUUUCCGGACCCUGACGGUGGGCGAGACGGUGGAGUUCGCAGUCACGCAGGGCAGCGAUGGCAAGACCAAGGCCGUCGACGUCACCGCACCCGGUGGAGCUCCGCUCAACAAGAAGGAAAGCAGCUCUCGCGGGAAUGGCGGUCGUCGCGGUGGCGGUCCGGGUUGCUUCAAUUGCGGCGAGGUCGGUCACAUGGCUAAGGACUGCCGUACCGGCGGCGGAAACAGCCAUGGAAGCGUUGGUCGUGGAGCCGGGGGGGAAGGGUGCUACAACUGUGGUGGGGUGGGGCGCUUCGGCGGCGGCGGAGGUGGCUCGUGCUAUAAUUGUGGUGGGUUCGGACACAUGGCGAGAGAUUGCACGGUCAGGAGACCGACCGGUGCUUGUUACGAGUGCGGCGAGACUGGUCACUUGGCCCGUGACUGUGAUCGGAGAGGAAGCGGCGGUGGCGGCGGAGGAGGAGGCGGUGGCAAGUGCUUUAACUGCGGAAAGGAGGGUCAUUUCGCAAGGGAAUGCUCUGUUGCUUAAUGAAGAACAAAGUUUGAAAGAAGAGUAACAUUAGUGUAUUCCUCUUCCUUUCACCUCUAUCUAUGAAUCUUUUGUUGAUGGGAAUGAAUUUGCCUGGUCCUUUUUUGGUGGGUUUUAUACAAAGUGAUGCUCUUUUUUUGGUGACUUUUACAUUAUAUAUACAGUUGGAGUGUUUCCGGGUAAUGGUUCUGCUUAUGCUUCUUGCAAUUUUUGGCCUUUAUAAUGACUGAUCUUGAUUUCCUA